AUGCUCAAAUCAAUACUAACAAUAUGCCUAUUACUGUUUGUUAUAGCUUUAGUUAGCUGUGAACAAUCAUCAUCAUCAGCACAGGUAGCCGACAAUAACAAUGGUAGACAACAACAACAACAAGUGGCCAACAAUCGUAGCAACAGUUACUGUCCGAAUGGCGGCGGCUGUCAAUGCAACUGCAACUGUGGCCGACGCGAUGGCGGCGGCAACUGGGAUGGCGACAAAUGGCAACACUACUGUCCACCGUGUCCCUAUCCACCUGGCCCAUAUCCACCGGGACCCGGUAUUGAUAAUUGUUUCGAACUGAUUCGGGCAGCAUCAAGGUUAUCGACUGGCCAGGUACUGGGCCUACUCCUGCAAACCCUACUGUCCAAUCUGGUAUCGCCUAUAUUGCAGGUUGUAUUGGCCGGCAAUAAUACUGUCGAGGGUGCCGUCACACCACUAACCAAUAUACUAUGCUAUGUGGUUGGCCUACUAUUGCUAACAUUGCGCAGCUUGGGCUUACUGGGACUGUUGGGUAUGAACGGCCUGUUGGACAAUAUAUUGGGUGGCGGACUAUUAGGUGGUGGUUCAGCUGCCGGUGGUGGUGGUGGUGUUGUCGGUGAUGAUUGGAUCAAAAGGAUUGAAAGAUUUUAUGUGUUUUACGACGAUUUGGGGGUUAAUAUACUAUUUGUUACCAAAGAUGAUGAUCGGGUCUAUGGAUUGGGUGCUAAUUAUUGGGGAUCAUUAGGUUUGGGACACAACCUGUGGGUGAGUGAACCACAAGAGAUCAUUGAUUUGAGACAUAAAAAGAUUAUUAAUUUUAUUAAUGGAGACGAAUUCAUAAUUUGUGUGUCGAGUGAUAAUUGUGUCUAUAGUUGUGGUUAUAAUAGAGACGGACAGUUGGGUCAGGGAUAUGAAGAUUUUGAAUAUAGGAAACCAAUGAUUAUACAAAUCAAUGAAAACAAUGAUUUGAUAAUUGAUUUAAGUUGUGGUUCAAAUCACACAUUAGUUGUAACACAAAAUAAUAAUGAAGUGUAUGGUUGGGGAAGCAAUGAUUUCGGACAAAUUGGUAGCCGAGACACCACUUGUGAUGGGCAGGUGUUUAGUUGGGGUCAAAAUCGUAGCAAUCAAUUGGGACUUAAUUCAAAUGAUUUGAUAAUAUUUAGACCAAAAUUAAUAUCAAAUUUGUCUGGCAUUACAUCAAUACAAUCGGGUGCAGGAAUUAGUUAUUUUAGUAGUGAUCAUAAAAAUGAAGUAUAUUUUUGUGGCGAAUAUUAUAAUGAAAACAAUGAAAUCAAUAUACAAGCGAUACAUAAACUAUUGGGAAGUUGUAAACAAUUUUUAAAUAUUCAGUCGAUUUCAUCAAAUAAAUGGAAUGAAAGGAUAUAUUUAUAUGAGUUUUUAGAAAUCGAUGAUUUGAAUACAGAUUAUUUUACUUUAAACAAUGUGUUUUAUAAAGAGAUAGAUAAAGUUACUAAAAUUAAGACACAAUAUUUAGUUUAUAUUUUUGGAUUUUGGGCUUUUAAUAACUGUAUAUAUAUUUCAAUGGAGUACUGCUUAAUGAAUCUAAAAGAGGCCAUCAAAUUGAAAACACAGGUAUUUGGCAGACAAUCAUCAGAUGAACCCAUGGAUUGUAUGGAGUAUUAUAUUACGUGUGAAUUACUGUUAGAAGUGUUAGAAUGUGUCCGAUAUUUACAUGAAUUGCAACCACCGGUCAUUCAUCGUGACCUCAAACCCGACAAUAUAUUGAUUGCCGACGAUAUCAUAAACGGGAGAUUCGUUAAGUUAUGUGAUUUAGGAUUAAUAACAGUUCACGAAAAGGUAUCACAGAGUCAUACAUCAGGUGUGGGAAGUCCUAAAUAUAUGGCACCCGAAGUCAUAAGUGGUCGCAAAUAUGAUACCAAAGCUGAUGUCUAUAGUAUUAGUGUUAUUAUUGAAGAGUUGUUCGAUACGGAUGUCAAUGAUUCUCGCGAUAAGUAUACUAAACACGAGUGGAGUAACAAAUAUUGUAAACUAUUGGAUAUAAUUAAACACACGAUGCAACCGGUCUAUAAUGAGAGACCUACUUGUGCUCAGAUUAUUGAACAGUACAAUGAAUGGGCUAUCGAUAGUAAGGUUGUUACAAAUGAUGUCAAUUAUGAACAAAAAUUACUUGAAAUUAAACACAAAGAACGGGAACUACGAUCAGAUGACUUGGAUUGUGAACCAAAUUCUCGCGAUAUGUAUACUAAACACGAGUGGAGUAAUAAAUAUUGUAAACUAUUGGAUAUAAUUAAACACACGAUGCAACCGGUCUAUAAUGAGAGACCUACUUGUGCUCAGAUUAUUGAACAGUACAAUGAAUGGGCUAUCGAUAGUAAAGUUUUAACAAACGAUAGCAAUUUUCAUGAAAAACUUCAACAACUUAUAGAAAAUGAACGGAAACUACGUUCAGAAGACAUGGAUUCAGAACCAGAAUUUUGGGAAAUUUUCUAUAAAAUUAUUAUAACUAGACUGUUCAGUAUAGUAAACAGAUAA